GCGAGCGGCCGGACUUCGCUUCUCUCGGCCGCCGCCCCCGCACGGCAGCCGGGCGCCUCCUUCCCCCGCCCCGUUCCCGCGGCGGACGGAGCGCUCGGCCGGGCGGGGGGCGCGGGGCGCGCCCGCCAUGUUCGCGGAGAUAAACCGGCGGACGCUUGCGUUCCGCGGCGGCGGCCUCGUCACCUCCACGGCGGCCGCCUCAGCGGCGGGGGCCGAGGCCUGGGAGCGGCAGGACCCCGAGGCGCUGAACGGGCGCGGGGCGGACGAGGAGGCGGAGCUGGAGGGGCUGGAGGCCGAGGAGCUGGAGGCCACCGCCGCCGAGGAGAAGGAGCUGCUGCUGCCCCAGGACGCGGCGUCGCCCCCCGCCGCCGCCGGCCCCAUGUUCGCCGAGAGGAACCGCCGGACUCUGGCCUUCCGCGGCGGCGGGGGGCUUCUGGCCGCCCACCCCGCCGCCAACAAUGGCUGCGAGGCCGCGGCCUGGCCGCGGAAGCACUUCAAUGGGCGGGGGGCGGACGAGGAGAUGGAGCUGGAGGGAGCGGAGGGACUGGAGACGGAGGGGCUGCUGGAGGGCAAGGAGCUGGUCCAGGACGGGGGUUCGCUGAGUGACAGCAGCGACGACGAGGAGGACGGCGAAGGGGGCAGCCUGGGCGACGGCAGCGGCGCCGAGGGCGGCAGCUGCAGCAGCAGCCGGCGGUCGGGGGGCGACGGCGGGGACGAGGCGGAGGGCAGUGGCGAGGGGGAGAGCAUCCGGCACUUCCCGCUGGCCAGGCCCAAGUCCCUGCUGCAGAAGCUGCACAUCUCCUUCCAGGGCUCCUGGCUCAAGGAGUUCCCGUGGCUCUACUACUGCCAGGAGACCGGCCUCAUGUCGUGCGCCUGGUGCACCGCGGCCGUCGCCGCUGCUGCGCCCCCCGAGGUGAUCAUGUCCGGCGCGCCCCUGCCCGGGGGGCACGACGAGCUCUGCAAGGGCACCCGCAACUACAAGCGCACCCUGCUCCUGCGGCACCACCUCUCCGCCGAGCAUCGCCUCAACGAGCCCGGCAGCGCCGAGCAGGAGGCAGAGUUACCAUCAGAACUGAAUAAUGAAGGAUACUGUGAUUUUAACAGCCGGCCAAAUGAGAACUCUUACUGCUAUCAGCUCCUGCAAGAGCUCAACGAGCAGAGGAAGAAAGGCAUUCUUUGUGAUGUUAAUAUUGUGGUGAGUGGGAGGGUCUUCAGAGCUCACAAGAACAUCCUGGUUGCAGGCAGCCGAUUCUUUAAGACUCUGUAUUGCUUUACAAACAAAGAAAGCCGUAACCAAACCACUGUUACCUAUUUAGACGUUGUUGCUGUUCAAGGUUUUUCUGUCAUCUUGGACUUCUUGUAUUCUGGUAACCUCGUGCUCACGAGCCAAAACGCCAUUGAAGUGAUGUCAGUGGCCAGCUACCUUCAGAUGACGGAGGUUGUCCAGUCCUGCCGCAACUUCAUUAAAGAUGCCUUAAACAUAAGUAUAAAAUCAGAAGCUCCAGAGACUGUUGUAGUGGAUUACAACAGAAGAUCUGUUAGUAGGGAUGGUUUAUCUCCAAGGGAUCAAAAAGUUGCCAGUUUCUGGGCAACACGAAACCUUACCAACUUGGCAAGUAGCAUAAAAACUGAGAAUGAUCCCUACCCUAUUGAUGAGGGCCAAAUGGAAAGCUACCAAAUGAAUGACUGCAGUUGGGUCCAGGACAGCUCACCUGAAAUGGCUGAAAAUGAAUCUCAAGGUGAGGGAAAAGUUUUCGUGUGGAAUGACAUGGGUACACAGGGACAAUCAGUUCCAGAACCUGGAAAAGCAAGAAGGAAAAACCAAACUGCAAAGAGAUUUAUUUAUAAUAUACCACCUAAUACUGAAGAGAAUUCUGAAGAUUGCUCAGUGUUGCAACCGUCAGUCCCAUAUCCAGAAGAAGAUUUGUCAUUUAUUAAAGAAGAAGCAGCUACUUCAAGUGACUUCAAGUAUGGACUGUUGCCGGGUACUUCAAAUGACUUCAAGUACGGAUUGCUGCCGGGUACUUCAAGUGACUUCAAGUAUGGGCUGCUACCGGGUACUUCAAGUGAUUUCAAGUAUGGAUUGCUGCCAGAAUCUUGGCCAAAAGAAGCUUGGGAAAAUGGCGAUUCCUCUGCUUUAAUCAUGAACAAGCUGAAGUGUCCACACUGUAAUUAUGUAGCCAAAUACAGAAGAACACUAAAGAGACACUUGCUCAUUCACACAGGCGUGAGAUCUUUCAGUUGUGACAUCUGUGGGAAGCUGUUUACACGAAGAGAGCAUGUAAAGAGACAUUCCUUGGUGCAUAAAAAGGAUAAAAAGUAUAAGUGUAUGGUGUGUAAGAAGAUUUUCAUGCUAGCAGCCAGCGUUGGAAUAAGACAUGGAUCACGACGUUAUGGAGUUUGUGUAGACUGUGCAGAUAAAUCCCAGCCUGGAGGGCAAGAGGGAGCAGACCAGGUGCAGGACACAGAUUUCCCUAGGGAUGAAGAAUAUGAAGAAAAUGAAGUGGGAGAAGGCGAUGAGGAGCUUGGUGAUGAUGUCGAAGAACAGAAUGACCAAUCUCGAUGGGAUGAAGGCGGGGAAGUUUGUAUGCCUUUAGAUGACUGACAGAGCAUGAGACUUCAGGGUGCUGCAAAUGGACACUGUAUGGAUUGACUGUUUGAAUUUUUGGACUGAAGGCUUGCGAAAUAUGGUACAGGCUGGAUGGUAGUUAUGUUGCUGUGAAAAUGUAGGGUCAAAGCCUUAUAGCAAAAAAAGGAUUAUUAAUUUUUUUAUGAUAUUUGCACAGGACUGUACAGCAUACAACCGUUUGGUUGAAUUAUACAGAGUCCUCACAUCUACAGUCAGUUAUCAAAAGAAAAAUGUAUUUUUUAUUAUUUAUAGGCUAUAGCUACUUGGGUCCUAUUCAGACAUAGUAGUAACUGUAAUUAUGUUACACAUUCAUGUACCUGUUUACAUGAAUGAAGAAAAUUGCAAUUUGGUAUGGAAAUACAAAGACAGCUUUCCCAAAUCCACUCGUACUUUUGUCAGCGAGUCAGUGAAGCUAAUUUGGGCUAGUGGCUCAUUUUCCACAAGCAUGUCUUUGCCAUACAAACCUUACCUCUCCUGUAAUCUGAUAGGUGAAAGCCAAUCAUUUAAAUAUGUGUCACAGAUAUUGCCAACAUCGUAUUGAAAUUUGGGUUGAAAAGUUUUGGCUCUGUGCUGGCAGGUGCUAUGGGUGAUAAGCACUGGAGAAGUUUUUAAUGGCAUUAAUUUAGUGUCUGUUUUUAAAGAAGGUUGUUGUUGAUUCAUCAGUUUUAAAAUGAUAAUGCAGAAGAAAUGACCAGUAAUGAAAAUAAUAGACUGAUCAGAGCAUGGGUAACUCUUGUGCCACUUAGUCAAAAGAGACAGUCAUGCUUUUUAAAAGGUAUCUGAUGUAAUAAUGUUUCUUCUUUCUUCUAAGGCCCCCCCUUCUCUCAAAUUUUUUUUGUUUCCCUGGUGUAUACCUCAGUCCCACAGAAUAAAAAUACAAGAAAUGGAGAAAGUGUCAUAUUAAAACAACUUUUUGGUCAAUAAUUUCUUACUUGUCCGUUUUUUGGCUAAUUUAUGUGAUGUGAAUUGGACACUAGGCUAUUGUGCCCAUCGUUCAUCAUUGAACACAAACUAUUUUUUAUUCUUUUGUACUUCAUGGGUUGUUGUUAGUAUUUAAUAUAAACAAACUACAUUUAACUUGCUGAUUUGCUGGAAUUUUUUUUUUAAGAAAAACAAGAAGUCCAAAGCAAAAUAAUGCUCUUUGAGUUGUCUACUUUUCAGGAGGAUAUGCUCCCUAUGCUCUUUGUUUCAGAUUUUCUAGGAGGCAUUGAAACUUGAAUUUUCAUAGCCACGUAGGUUUUUUUGGUUGGUUUUUUUUCCUAAGCUUGUAAUAUUGUACCAAUGAUUUCAGGCCCCUUUCAUAGGGAGGCAAGGGCAUUACACCUUCACCUUAAACUCCUCUAUGUUGUCUAGCCUAAGGCAAGUUAAUUCAGGCAAUCAUUGGAACAAUAAGUCUGAUGUACUAUUAUGUCACAGGGAGUAAAUAUGCAGAGCAUUUGUCAUGACACAUAGCUAGGCCAGUGUGACAGUACUGUAUAAAAAACAAUUGAGGGUCACCAUAUUUUUCAAUUUUGUUUAAUUUUAAAAUGAGUAUAUUUUUUCCUAUUUUAUGUCAGGUAACUAAAUUAUGGUAGUUGUGUGGAUAACUUUGAAUUAUGCUUUGAUGGACAAAAUCUUACUGGUGCUCCAUCUGAUCAAAGUUGGUAUGUAUUUAAAGAGACAAGCUUUACGUUGUCCAUAGAACAGUAACAUAAUGUUAAGACAUUGUUUUUGCUGAUUGAAACUGAGAUGAUAAGUUUGAACUACAGUUAUAUGGGAAUUAAAAUGCUUUUUUUUUAUCAUCCACUUGUUUCAUUGGUAGUUUCCACAACAUUGUAAACCUGACAUGAAUAGUUUUUUGGGGAGGGUGGGGAGGGGGGGUACCUUUUUUUACACUGAAGAUUACAUUUUAUUCUCAUUGUUCUAGACUGAAAUGAGUAAUGUGUAAUUCUGGUGGGGUCCAAAGUAGAAAUUAGUUAGGCAAAGAUGAUAUGAAUGAAAAAGUAUUUUAAACGUUAAAGUAAUGUUCUGCUUUGUGAAUAUGUAAGUAUAGCAUAAAGAUUUUUCCAUCCCAUUUAUCCCUUUUAAAACCAUAGUUUACAAUUGGUAGAUCUGUCUAUAUAUAUAAAUAUAUAUAUAUAUCUGAAAUUCACCUAAAUCUGCUUUAUUAGAAUACUGCUCACUUAAUGCUUAGAAACUGGACCUGGCUCUACAUUCUUAAUGUAUUUUCCUUUUUUUUUUCCCCCUUUUGUUUUCUUGGGAUUUUUUCCUCAAGGUAUGAACUUAUUCUCUUGGAACUGAAUCUUCUUUUACUACUUAAAUCAUUUAUGUAUAUCUGGUAAAUUAUGACCAAAUUUGUUGUUAGACUGCAUUACAGUAAAUUGAAAUAUACACUUGGUACACUACAGAAUCGUUGUGCUUUUGUUCUGGUUCUGUUUGGAAAAGCAGGCCUUAGUAAACAUUUGUGUUAUUUAUAACUCUUCAGUUAUUAUUCACUGGCCUUAAUAUUCUGUUGCAUUGUGACAAUCAUAAUUUCCUUGGUGAAGCUUAACUGCUUGCUUUUAGAAGUUGCUUGUAAGUGCCCAUGGUAGGUUGGAGAGAAAGGGUGACUGUCUCUAGCAAAUGGUGUGAAAUACUUCAAUCAAGGGCCACUGUUCUUGUCUUGGAGGACCUUAAGAAUUCAGAUGCUAUCUCCAGUCUGGCUUUUCUGAGUUGUUUUAUUUAGAAGUUAUUUAAAAUAUGUUAGCUUGAUCUGGUAUAGUUCUAAAUUAAUAAAACAAAACUUCUGAAGAAUUACUUCUUGCGAGACAGCUCAAGUUUCUUCACUGUUACAAGAAUUAGGAAGAGAUUUCUCUUUGUGUAAGAAAUUCUUUCCCUCAAGAAAUGAUGAAGUUAUGCUGCAGUAACACAGCAAUGGAUUUUGUCUGUUGAGAUUUUUUUUGUUUUGUUUUAAAAGCAGACUAAUGCCCUUAAAAUGUCAUAUUUAUCAAACAAAAAGACAUUCAGUCUUCUGAUGAAAUAAUUCUCAACCCAAAUGUCUGCACUUUGUGUAUUUGGGCAAUGCCACACAAGUAGUUUUAUUAAAAGAAUCAUGUCUGUUAUUAAAACAAACAAAGUUUGUCUGAUGUUGGGAUUCCCCCUUUCUCUGAGGGUUUUUUUUUUGCUUUCUGCUCUCUUCAAGCAGUAGUGGGUAUCUUUUAGAGGUAAUCAUACAGAGCAGUUUCUGGCAGGAUACUGUGAUGCCGGACAAAAUUUAAAAUAGUAAGUAAAUUCACUUAAGAUUCACAAGUAGAAGUUCUGGUCAAAGUAGGUCAAAUGAUGUAAGGAAGACACACAACAUAAAAUGUAUUUGUCUUAUGUCAGUGUUACUAUACUGCAUUAGAAAGCAUUUUCCAAUUGCAACGACAAAUGCAUCUUGCAGGGAGAAUGGGAUUUUCCAAUUACUCAGAUAAAUUUUUUAGUUCAGCUUCCAAACAGUCCUCUAGUAAAGUAAUUUUUGCCAUGAAACCAGUUUUGAAAACCAGAAGUUGUAUUUACUUGUCAGUAUGCAUCCUAAGAAGUAUGAGUUGAAAUUACUUGUUCCCAUAGUGCACACCUGGUUUUUGAGAUGUGUAGCCUUCUGCAAGUGCAGUUUCCAGGUAUCACUACCUGUCUCUACUCUUUCUUCUGACAAGAAUAAGCAUUAUCAAGUGAAGAAAAGUUGGGGACCAGGACACCUGGCAUGAAGUAUGCUCUUAGUUGUGGGUCACAGCAGUAAUACUGUUAGCAGAUGAUGCUUUCCUUGCCUAGCUUUAAGUUGGUAAGGCUUUUAAUAGGAUUUGCUUUAAUGAGGCCAAUCUCAGUUGUUAGCUUGCUUUUAAGUUUUGUUUCACUUGAUUUUUCUUGCUCUUGCCACCCAGUAACACAGGUCUCCCACCUGUUCCAAAAUAUUUUUGUAAUCUGCUGAUUUCACAUAGAUGCAAAAUUCACUUUUGGAAGUACUGUACCUUGUUUGCUGUUCCUUUUUUACUUUGUUGUAUUUAAAUGGCUUUAGAAAUUGAAAUGAAAGCAAGACAAUUGAUGCCACCACCAGCCCAAAAAACUUGUGCCAAAAGAGAGUGAAAAAGGAGCAAAACGUGGAGUGCAAUGUGAUAAGAAAAAGGCUGUUGCGUUUGCAUUGUUACAACUCCUCUGGUUUGUUACUUGAAUGUUUUGGACAAUUCACUGUACUUUUCUCUAGCACUAGUUGGUGACAACCUUCUGAUGAAGAAGCUAUGCAAGCCCAGUUUUGAGUUUAUUCAGUGUCUUCAGAAUGUGGUUCAGGCUCUGCAGAGGUAGUAGCACUGAGUAGCUUUCUGUAGAUAUUUUACUGUAGAUCCUUCUGUUAGCAUCCCUCUUCACUGUGUGAUCUGUUACCCAUUUUUUAUUUGAUAAAUGUUUGCUCCUUUGCCUUUUUAUACAUUUUAAUAGCACGUUACUGUGCAUUGCUGAACAGUAUGGUAAAGGUUAAAUAUUGACACAAUGGAUAAAGAGAAAUAAGUUGGUUUUCAUCUAGUAUCUUUUAACAAACCUGUAAUAAAAUAAUUCCUAUGUAAUAAAGAAAAUACAGGUUUGAAAUCCAGGGGAAGGGGUGUUGCUGAGCAGAACCCUUUAACAUUAAAGAUUCCAUGUAUAAUUCACCAUGGGUUGUAAAAAUAAUUUUAUGUGGGAAAAAACUUAAAACUACACUAGAAAGAUCCUAUGACUUAAACUUGAAAAUAAAAUUGGCUUAUCAAGUA